AUGUUACGCGCAUCAAGAACCAUCGCAUCGCGUAUACCAGCAUCUGCCUCUCUCAGAGGGACCACGGCUACCUCGUCCUUACUGGGUCAAGCUCAAAUUCGAAACUUUGGAAACCACAAGGAAAUAAGCUUUGGACAGGAUGGUCGUGCUGCUCUCGCUAAGGGUGUCGAUAUUCUAGCUAGAGCUGUUGCUGUUACGCUUGGUCCAAAGGGAAGGAACGUGCUCAUCGAGCAACCUUACGGAUCACCCAAGAUAACAAAGGACGGUGUAACUGUAGCCAAAGCUGUCGUAUUAGAAGACAAGUUUGAAAACUUAGGUGCUCGUCUGGUCCAAGAUGUAGCAAACAAGACCAACGAAGUCGCUGGUGAUGGUACCACUACUGCCACUGUACUCGCUCGUGCCAUUUUCAUGGAAGGUCUGAAGAACGUAGCUGCCGGAAUCAACCCAAUGGAUUUACGAAAGGGUGUCCAACAAGCUGUAGACCAGGUCGUAAAAUACCUAAAGGCAAACUCCCGAGUCAUUACAUCCAGUGAAGAAAUCGCUCAAGUCGCUACCAUCUCUGCUAACGGUGACAAACAUAUCGGUCAAAUGAUUGCUCAAGCCAUGGAAAAAGUCGGCAAGGAAGGUGUCAUUACCGUCCAAGAUGGUAAAACCGUCACUGAUGAAUUGGAAAUAACCGAGGGCAUGCGAUUCGAUCGUGGAUUCAUAUCUCCAUACUUUAUAACCGAUACCAAAGGCCAAAAAGUCGAAUUCGAGAAACCAUACAUCCUGUUAUCCGAACGUAAAGUCUCGCUCUUGCAGGAUAUACUACCAGCCUUGGAAAUCAGUGCUCAACGUCGUCGCCCACUAUUGAUUAUCGCUGAAGAUGUAGAUGGUGAAGCUUUGGCUGCUUGUAUAUUGAAUAAAUUGAGAGGUCAAGUCCAGGUCUGUGCUGUCAAGGCACCAGGCUUUGGUGACAACCGAAAGGCCAUGUUGCAAGAUAUGGCAAUCCUCACUGGUGGUACCGUAUUUGCUGACGAAGUUGAUCUCAAACUCGAAAAGUGCACUCCAGAGGACUUGGGUUCCGCCAACACAUGUACCAUCACCAAGGACGACACCAUCUUCCUAAACGGAGGAGGAUUCAAGGACGCCAUCUCCCAGCGUUGCGAACAACUCCGAGCACUCAUCACAUCAACCACAUCCGACUAUGAAAAAGAAAAGCUACAGGAACGUCUAGCCAAACUAUCCGGUGGUGUCGCCGUCCUCAAAGUCGGUGGUGCCUCUGAAGUCGAAGUCGGUGAAAAGAAGGAUCGUUUCGUAGAUGCCUUGAACGCUACUCGUGCUGCCGUCGAAGAAGGUAUUGUACCCGGAGGUGGUACCGCUUUAUUGAAGGCAUCAAAGACUCUAUCUACCAUCGUGCCUGAAAACUUUGAUCAACAAUUGGGUAUUGAUAUUAUUAAAAAGGCGAUCUUGGCUCCAUGUAAAAUCAUUGUUGAUAAUGCUGGUGGUGAAGGUGCUGUCGUUGUUGGAAGACUCUUGGAAUCGUACAAGCCUGCUGCUAGUGCUGAUGGUAAAGCUGAAGGCAACUUCAACUGGGGUUACGAUGCGUCAAACGGUACAUAUGUCGACAUGAUAAAAGCUGGUAUCAUUGACCCACUGAAGGUCGUACGUACUGCCUUGGUCGAUGCUUCUGGAGUAGCUAGUCUCUUGGUCACCAGUGAAUGUAUGAUUGUGGACGCACCAAAGAAGGACGCUGGUGGUCCACCAAUGGGUGGCAUGGGAGGAAUGGGAGGAAUGGGUGGAAUGAUGUAA